AUGCGUGUGUUGCAUUUCUCGUAUUUGGCGGCCUUGGCAGUGAUUUGUCUAUUUGCCCGUGGCGAUGCCUUUGCGGUAGAAAGCAUAGCAGUGCUGAAAUCGGACCAAGCCCAGCAGGAUGCGUCCGGCCACAAGAGUCUUCGUGGCUACCUUUUCAGAGACACGUUUUCGAACGGAAGUUACGGUAAUAAGGACGACCAUGUCAUUGUCGAAGAGGACAGCAGCAGCGAAGACAGCAGCUAUUACUGGUAA